AAACCAUUACCACCAGCACCUGGUAACACAGUUGAUAAUAAAAGAGGAUGAAGUAGAAGAUUCCAAGCAGAGUGGCUUUAUUAGAGAAAACCAAACACAAAUAUUUUUGAGCAGUAAAAGAAGACACUGAGGAACAAGAUGUUGUGACGCCGUGUUUCCAUCUGGGCCAGCCAUGUACGUGAGCUCGCUCUUGGAGAAGGAGCCCAGCAUGUACCCAGGAUCUGCCAGGGCCAGCAGCAACAACCUGCCCGUGCAAAACUUCGUGUCUGCUCCAGCCUACCCCGACUACAUGGGAUACCAGCCCGUGGCAGCCCUGGACAGCCACGGGCAGCCAGCGCCAGCCUGGGGCUCCCACUACGGCCCCCAGCGCGAGGACUGGAGCGCCUACGGCCCAGGCCCUUCCAGCGCCCUGCCCGCUGCCCACAUCAAUGGCUCGUCCCCUGGCCAGGGCUCCUACAGCUCUGCUGAGUACAGCUCCCUGCACCCCGCUGCUGCUGCGCCCCUGCCUCCUGCAGACACCAGCCAUGCCCAGCACAUCUCUCCCAACAGCCAAAGGCACAGCUCUUAUGAGUGGAUGAGGAAAACGGUGCAAACCAACACUGCUGGUAAAACAAGAACAAAAGAAAAGUACCGGGUUGUUUACACAGAUCACCAGAGACUGGAAUUAGAGAAGGAAUUUCACUGCAACAGAUACAUUACAAUCAGGAGGAAGUCAGAACUGGCAGCAAACCUGGGACUCUCCGAAAGACAGGUGAAGAUCUGGUUCCAGAAUCGCCGAGCAAAAGAGAGAAAAAUGAUCAAGAAGAAAAUCUCGCAGUUUGAUGGCAGCGGGGGCUCAGCUCAGAGUGACUCUGGUUCACUCAGUCCAAAUGAACUGUCAAAUUCUCUGUUCCCACCACCACAUGGAAUAAAUGGAUUACAGCCUAAUGACAUUCAUCAAGUCAUAGUUUCAGAAUGAACAGA